CUCCCCUGUCGCGGGAAGCUCAGCCACACACAUCGACCCACAGCCGCCGCCUCCGCAGGCGAUCCCUCCGACCACUAGGUCCCCUUCUCCCUCCUCGCUCCCCUCAUUCCUCCAAAGUCCAAACCCUGGCGCAAACCCUAAUGUCCGCCGCCGAGGACCCCUCCCGCCUCUCCGGCGAGUCCUCCCCGUCGUCCCCCACCUCCUCCGGCUCCUCCUCGCCCUCCUCCUCUGGCGCCGCCACCAACCUCGCCCUGACCGCAUCGACCUCCGCCGCCGGCAAUGACGCCGACGCCGACGUCCCCACCUCCCCGUACCUGGGGAUGUACUUCGAGACGGAGGACGACGCGUACGAGUUCUACAAGGCCUACGCCGCCCGCCUCGGCUUCGUCGUCCGCAAGUCCAACAAGUCCAAGAACUCGCGGCACACCGUCACCCGCCGCCUCUUCGUCUGCUCCAAGCAGGGGUUCCGCCAGGAGCCCAAGAAGCCACAGGACGAGGCUGCUGGCGCCGGAGCCGCGUCCUCGUCCUCGCCGGCGCCGGCACCCCGGUGCCCGGAGUCGCGCACAGGCUGCCUGGCGUCGCUUACCAUCAAGCUCAUUCCUUCUGCCAACGCCUUCCGUGUCACCGACUUCGUCGCCGGGCACAACCACCAGCUCGCGUCCGCCGCGCCUGCAGUUUCUCUGGCCCUACUGCCACCAAACUCGUCGCAUCACAGCAUAGCCGCUGCGGCAAGAUUGCCAGACCCAAGGGAUGGGCCACAUGUGGACAUGCACUUCGAGACCGAGGAGGACGCAUAUGUCUUCUACAACAGGUAUGCUGAGCACGUGGGCUUCAGUGUCCGGCGCUCCUACAAGAAGCGCAAGCGUGGGAUGAUAGUGUCGCGGAUCUUUGUUUGUUCCCGCGAGGGUGUUAGUGACCGUGCCAAACAAGAGGGUGGGGCCAUAGUCCCUGCAAAUGGUGUUGCAGGAUCAGCAAGCACACCUAGGCCGGGCCCGGCACCGACACGAACAGGAUGCCAGGCGAGAAUGGUGAUCAAGAUCACUCCCUGCCGGACAUACCGUGUGGCGAAGUUCUUCCCAGAGCAUAACCAUCCGCUUGCCAAUCCAGAGUGUGUGCAUAAGCUGCGGUCACAUAAGAUGAGGGCUCGAGCACAUGAGUUUGGGGCAGGGGACCUGCAUCGAAGGAAGCAAGGGAAGGGUGUGCAGCUCGGAGAUGCUGGCGCGGCAUUGCAGUACCUGGAGGAGUUGCAGGUAGGAAACCCUUCAGUGUAUUAUGCGGUAGGGGUUGGGCCUGAUGGGAAAUCUGCUGUAAAUUUCUUCUGGGCUGAUGCGAAAUCAAUAAUUGACUUCAGGAGUUUUGGGGAUGUUGUUUGCUUUGAUACAACAUAUGGAUUGAAUAUCUAUGGACGGCCAUUUGCGUUGUUUGUUGGUGUUGACAACCACAAGCAGUUACUUGUGUUUGGUGCAGCACUACUCUAUGAUGAAAGCAUUCAGUCAUUGAAAUGGACCUUUGAGGUGUUUGCUGAUGCUAUGCGUGCUAGGCAGCCACAAACUAUUUUCAUCGAUGAGCGUCCUGAGUGUGCUGUUGCAGCAGCAGAGGUUUGGCCUGGAAGCAACCGUUGCAUAAGCGUGUGGCAUAUCUACCAUAAUUCAAAGAGACACUUGAAGCAGGUGUUUGAAAGCUCAAAGAGUUUCAGCAAUUCUUUGAGCCAUUGUCUCUUUGACUAUGAGGACGAGAUGGAGUUCUUGUCAACAUGGGAGAAGCUAAUUGAGAAAUAUGACAUCAGCGAAAGUGAGUGGCUCAGCAGGCUGUUCAUGGAAAAAGAAAAAUGGGCUUUACCUUAUCAGAGAACCAUCUUUUCUGCUGAUAUGCUCACCACUCUUCAAAAGGAUAACAUGAUUAAUGAAUUGAAACGAGAGCUCAGCGAGCAAGAAGAUAUUCUGCAGUUCUUCAGGCGUUAUGAGGCUAUUUUGGAAGAGCAUCGAUCAAAGAAAUUGCAUGCUGAUGUUGAUGGCAACCAGGUUACUUUGCCUAUCCCGUCGUUGCGAAUGCUAAAACAAUCGUCAAAUGCUUAUACACCUGAAGCUUUCAAGAUGUUCCAGGGUGAGUUUGAGGCUUACAUGAAUUGCAUGUCCUUCCCCUGUGGUGUGGUUGGCACAAUCUCGGAGUAUAAAAUUGUGCUUGAUGAGAAGCCAUCAGAGAGCAUUGUCAAAUUUGAUGCACUAGAUGGCUCAGCCAGUUGUAGCUGCAAGAAGUUUGAGGCUGUUGGAAUUCAAUGCUGUCAUGUACUGAAGGUACUUGAUCUCAAGAAUAUCAAAGAGCUCCCAGAACAAUACAUUUUGAAAAGAUGGAGAAAAGAUGCCCGUUCUGUUCAAAUUGGGGAGGAACCUACCUAUGGAUCUGGCAGUGUCAUGCGAUCUCCCUCAGAAGCCCGAUUCAAUAACAUGUGCCGGUUGGCUAGCUUGAUUGCUUCAAGGGCUGCCAAAUCUGAGGAGGCAAUGUCGUACAUUGAAAGCCAAUCAAGUGUUCUUCUGAAACAUCUUGAUGAUAUUCUACAGACAGGCUAUCCAGAUAUGGGAAAUCAUGCUGUUGCUUCAAGCAGUCAAGCGAUUUCCUUUGUAGGCAGCCAACAUCCUGACCAUACAACACAAGCAGGAGCAGUUGCACAGACAACAAAUGGUCUGAUGGGGCUUUGAUGGAACAUUUGCAUUCUGUAGUCCAGAUCAUACUAGCAACAUUGGUAAGUAGUUCAUGUUAAUUUACUGAAGAGGUGAUAUUGCACAACCUAAACAUUAAAGAAUUCACUUUGUUGCAGUGUGACUUGAACUGCAAAGGAUUCACUGUUUUAGUCCAACCUCGAGGUUGGAGGCAUGGCAGUAGGCUUAGAAUUGUAUAGCUGUAUAUAGUUUUCCAAGUUCAUAAUUUUUUGGAUUUUCUAAGGAUUCAUAUAGAAUGGACCAAAAGUUGUGGUAGAAUAGUCCUUUUGUGUGUGUGUGUGUGUGUG